AGCAGGGCUGGAGCUGUAGGGAAGCUGAGGGUGACUGAAAGCCCCUCUGCGCUGAGUGCCGGUUACAUGGCAUAUGGACCGCGUAAUUCGCCUAAUUAACUAAAUAAUCCCUCCACACUGAGCGAGAUUUAAUAGAGGCAGAUUUUAACAGCAACAGCGAUGUGGAUGCUACAGGCUGCCACCAUUCUGACUCUGGGUUUGGGAGUCCUGGCACAGUAUUUUCCUGACCACAAUGAUAAAUGUACGGAGGGGAGCUGUUACCCAGCCACUGGAGACCUGCUGAUCGGCAGAGCUCACAAGCUCACAGCCUCAUCCACCUGUGGCCUGGAUGGACCAGAGACCUACUGCAUCGCUGGAAAGUGUUUUGAGUGUGACUCUCGAGAGAAGUACAAUGAGUACACCUACCCCAACAGCCACACCAUCGACAAUGUGGUCACAACCUUCACUCCCAACAGGCUCAAAACAUGGUGGCAGUCCCAGAACGGAGAGGAGAACGUGACCAUUCAGCUGGACUUGGAGGCUGAAUUCCACUUCACACAUAUCAUCAUGACCUUUAAGACAUUUCGUCCUGCGGCAAUGGUGAUCGAACGGUCAGCAGAUCAUGGCCAGAGCUGGAAGGUGUACCGUUAUUUUGCAUUCGAUUGCUCCGCAUCCUUUCCAUACAUCUCCCAGGGUCCAGUCAUCAAUGUUGAUGAUGUCAUCUGUGAUUCACGCUACUCUGACAUGGAGCCUUCAACAGAAGGAGAGGUCAUUUUCAGAGCUCUUGACCCUGUGUUUAAGAUUCCUGACCCCUACAGCCAGCAUAUACAGAAUCUGCUGAGGAUAACAAACCUCCGUGUGAGAAUGCUAAAGUUACACACCCUCGGUGAUAACCUGCUGGAUGGUCGUGAGGAGAUCAAACAGAAGUAUUACUAUGCCCUCUAUGACAUGGUUGUUCGUGGCAGCUGCUUCUGUUAUGGUCAUGCCUCCGAGUGUGCGCCAGUCAGAGGAAUCGAAACAAGUGAGGAAGGGAUGGUUCAUGGCCUCUGUAUAUGCAAGCAUCACACUACUGGGCUGAACUGUGAGGAGUGUCAGGGGUUUUAUCAAGAUGUGCCUUGGAGACCAGCAGAAGGCCGAAACACCAACGCAUGCAAGAGAUGUGAGUGCAACCAUCACACUGACAGAUGUCACUUUGACAUGGCCGUGUAUCUGUCGUCUGGGAAUGUGAGUGGAGGAGUCUGUGAUAGCUGUCAGCACAACACACAGGGCCAGCACUGUGAGGGCUGUAAGCCUUUCUUUUACCAGCACCCCAACAGACAUCUCAGAGACCCUCACAUCUGCGAACCAUGUGACUGUGACCCCCUCGGCUCUCUGAAUGGCGGUGUGUGUGACAGUGUGACAGACAUUCUGAGGGGUAUGGUUGCUGGACAGUGUCGCUGUAAGCCCAAUGCAGAGGGAGAGCGCUGUGAUCACUGCAAACAGGGACACUAUGGACUCAGUGAAGAUCCACUGGGCUGUCUGUCGUGCAGCUGUAAUACUCUGGGUACACUCCCUGGAGGAAACCCUUGUGACACAGUCAGUGGAAACUGCUUCUGCAAACGCCUGGUCACUGGCCGAUACUGCAACCAGUGUGCGCCUCAGCACUGGGGUCUCAGCAACGACAUGGAUGGCUGCCGACCGUGUGACUGUGAUCUGGGUGGCGCUUUGAACAACAAUUGUUCUCCAGUGACAGGGCAGUGUGUGUGUAGAGAGCACAUGUUUGGCAGGCGCUGUGACCAGGUGGAGUCUGGCUAUUAUUUUGCUUCCCUGGACCACUACAUCUUCGAGGCUGAGGAUGCAGCAUUCCAACCAGAGGUGAAGGUGGUCCCUAGGCCGCUGCCUGUAGAUCGUCAGCCCACCUGGACUGGCGUUGGCUUUGCAAACGUGCCUGAAGGAGAAAAAAUCAGAUUCACCAUUGACAAUGUGCCACAGUCUAUGGAAUACACCCUGCUGAUCCGCUACGAACCACAGUUGCCAGAUGUGUGGGAGCAGGUGAUGGUGGAUGUAGUGCGCACUGGCUUUCCCUCACCAUCUGCACAUUGUUCACCUCCUUACGCUGACCAGCAGAGUGUUUCACUGCCCCCAGGAUACAGGUAUGUGGUUCUGUCCAGACCACUGUGUUUAGAAAAAGGUCAGAAAUACACAGUGGAAAUGUUACUGGCCCUUUAUUCAUCAAAUGAUCUUCAUCAUCAUCCACACAUGCUCAUCGACUCUAUUGUGCUGCUACCAGUGGUGAGGGAUUUGGAGCUGUUCUCUGGGUCACCUGACCGACAGGCAGCCUGGGAGAUGUUUCAAAAGUACCGCUGCCUAGAGCGAAGCCAGAGUGUCCAGAAAACCCCUAUGACUGAUAUCUGCAAAGAAUACAUCUUCAGUGCAUCUGCCCUGCUGCACCAAGGGGCUAUGGAGUGUCAGUGUGAUCUGAGGGGCUCGCUGAGUUUGGUAUGUGACUCAAUCGGCGGGCAAUGUCAGUGUCGGACGAAUGUGAUGGGAAAGAAGUGUGACACCUGUGCUCCCGGUACCUUCCAGCUCGGACCCUCCGGCUGCAGACCAUGUGAAUGUGACUCGUUGGGCUCACAGAAUGCCUUCUGCCAUGCCACCACAGGCCAGUGUUCAUGUUUACCAGGUGUUUAUGGCCGUACCUGUGUCCACUGUCUGCAUAACCACUGGGGCUUCCCUCACUGCCAGCCAUGUUUCUGCAAUGGCCACAGUCAACACUGCCACCCACAUACAGGACAGUGCCUGGAGUGUAGAGACCACACCACUGGAACCCACUGCGAGAGGUGUGAAAAUGGUUACCAUGGCAAUGCACUGCUAGGCAGUGGAGAGCAGUGUCGGCCUUGUAUGUGCCCUGAUGGCCCGGGAAGUGGCAGACAGUUUGCUGACACCUGCUACCAUAAACUCAACUCACUCCAGCUCGUCUGUGUUUGCAGUCCAGGAUAUAAAGGACCCAGGUGUGAAGAAUGCGCUCCUGGUUUCUAUGGCAACCCUGAGGUGGUGGGUGGACGAUGCCAUCCAUGUCAGUGUAACGGAAACAUCGACAUGCAUGACCCAGGGUCCUGCGAUGCCCGCACAGGCGUCUGCCUCAAAUGCCUGUUCCACAGUGAGGGCCACAGGUGCCAGCACUGCAGCCCUGGUUACCAUGGAGAUGCCAGCACUCAGAGCUGCCAGAAGUGUAUGUGCCUGCCACUGGGCACUGUUGCUCACAGCUGUGUGGAUGGUGAGUGUAAGUGUGAUCGUGUGAGUGGUCAGUGCGCCUGUCUGCCCGGAGUGGAGGGACUACACUGUGAUCACUGCGCCCCCAACACCUGGAACAUUAACAGUGGAGAUGGCUGUCAGCCAUGCCAGUGCCACCACAUACACUCCUACAGCCUCUCGUGUGACCUGCUGUCUGGUCAAUGCUCCUGUAAGCCUGGUUUUGGUGGCAGGACAUGUGAGGAGUGUAGAGAACUGUUCUGGGGUGAUCCAGAAGUCAAAUGCUACGCAUGUGACUGCGACCCACGAGGCAUUGCCACUCCACAGUGUAACAAGAUGACAGGCAGAUGUGUGUGCGUGGAGGGCGUGACUGGCCAGCGCUGUGACUCAUGUGGGCGGGGCUAUGUAGGAACAUUUCCAGACUGUCAGCGAUGUCAUCAGUGCUUUAGUGAUUGGGAUGUGACAGUGGGCGAGUUAACCAAUCAGACUCAGAGGUUGGUGGACGCAGUGGAUGAACUGAAAGUGUCCGGUGUGACAGUGGCCUAUCAGGACACAAUAUCCAGUUUAGAGGAUGGAGCCAAGCAGCUCACUCAGAUAAUAGAGGACAACAAAGCUCAACAAACCCUCACACACUCUCAGAACCUACUGCAGCAAGCCAAUGAGCUGAAGUUGGCUCUGGAUCACUCUCUGAACCGUUCAGAGGCAACCGUGAACCAGGUUUCUGCAGAACACGCCAAAGCUGUGGAUGAGGUGAACACAUUAACUCAAGAGGCUCAGAGACUGCAAGACAGCACAGACGAGAAACAGCAGCAGGUGCUGCUCAUCAAACACUCUGACCUCCGUGGUGCAUCAGAUAGCAUUAGAGAAUAUUAUCAGCAGUCAGUAGAUGCUGAGAGUCGAGCCAGUCGGGCCACAACUGACCACCUCAGCCCAGUGGAGCAGUCCACAAGUCUACGGCAAGCCGCAGAGACCACACUGAACGCCUUACAGGCAGAGGUUGAGCUGAAGCAGCAGCUGCAGGGUGAGAGACUGGACAAGCUGAAAAAGGAACUGGAGCAGGAUGACCUGUCAAAACUCAGCUAUCAGGUGUGUGGUGCGGCAUCUGGCCCAGAAAGCUGUGGAGAUUGUGGAGGUUUGGGGUGUGCAGGUGAAGACGGAGUGCCUCAGUGCGGUGGUGAGAACUGUCAGGGUUUGAUCACUCAGAGCAGUGAUAUGUGGAGCAAAGCUAAAGACCUGGACCAGGACAUCCUGAAGUCACUGAAGGAAGUGGAAAAGCUCCACAGAAUGGUGUCUGAUGCUCGUGGCCGUGCAGAUGAGGCUAAACACAGUGCUCAUGAUGUCCUACUAAAGGCCAAUCAGAGCAAAGCUAGAGUUGAGCAGACCAAUCAAGAGCUACGAGAGCUAAUUCAGGAAAUACGAGACUUUCUUACAAACGGAACAAAUCUGGAGCGUAUUGAGGCUCUGGCUGAUGAGGUGUUGAAGCUGAGGAUGCCCGUAGAGGCCCAUAAGCUGAAGAAUAUAACCAUGGAGAUUCGGCAGCAUGUGGCAAAUCUAACCACUGUGGACAACAUUCUUGCUGAAAGUGCUGACCAGGCCCAAGUAGCUGAGAGGUUACUGCAACAGGCACGCGCCAUCAGUGAAAAGGCUUCAGAACUGAAGGAAGAGGCUGAUGAGGUGAAGACUGCAUUAAAUGAAUCUGAGCAUGCUCAGUCUGUAGCCAAUGACAGCCUGAAAGCAGCCAAGAGUGACCUCAACAACACACAACAACAAUUGACCUCUGUGGAGUCAGAGACGGCUGCAUCAGAGUUUAAGUUGAGUGAUAGUACUCAGCGUUUGUUGGAUCUGGAGAAGGGAGUCCGUGUGGUCAGAGAGAAAACCCUGGAAACCUCCAACACUGCAGAAGUUACUAAGAGACAAACUGACUACAUCUCUGAAGACACUGCCCAAACCAAACGGGCGUUAGAGUUGGAAGUGGAGCCUAACUUCAAGUUAGUGAGCAGACUGAUGGAACAGAAGGCAGUGGGAGUAUCUAAUGCACGUGAGAGGGCAAUGCAACUACAGCAGGAGGCAAAAGACCUUCUGGAAGAUGCUACAAGCAAAUUACAGAGACUAAAAGAGCUGGAGAGAGAUUUCUCAGUAAACCAGCAGACUUUGGCAGAGCGAGCGGAGGAGCUGAGGGGCUUGGAGAAGGCGGCCGAAGAAAUCUUGCAUGAACUCAGCCAGAGAGUUACAGUCUACAGCACCUGCCUGUAGCUGUACCAUAACAAGCCAUUUUCUUAACCAAGAUUCUGGGAGUCAGCAUCCUGUGCUGGGGGCCAGAACGCACAUUAGUAAUAGCUUCCACACUUCUGUCUUCUGUUAAGCAAAUGUUUCCUAGUUCUGGUCCAGCCGCAAUGAACAUUGUAGCAUUUUCCCAGUUCUAUCACUCCAGACUCAACUCAUCAGCUUAUUACCAAGCACUUCAUUAAUUCAAAGGGGAGUUCCACCAGUUUUUCAGAAUGUCUGCAGAAUUCAUUGAUUGAGAUAUGAAUAAAGUCAUUCAGACUGUUUUGAUGCGAAAUGGUUUAUUUGUAGAGAAACUUGCCCUCUCAGAUUUCUUUACAGUGGUGGUGAUAGGAACCAGGUGUCACAAUGUCUACAGCACAAAUAUAACCAUUUUAUUUACUAUCCAAAACCACCAGUGAACCUACAUGUUUGGUCUGCGUUUAAUGCUGAUAAGAGUAAAAUAGUAGUAAAUCUGAAAAAAGGAGAUUUCCUUGGGGAGUGUUAUUCCAAAUACAUCCUUCAUGUAUCCCUCCACCAUGAAUAGAUUUAAAUAAAUUGAUUACAAUACAUUUUAAGCCAAAUUCAUAACCAUUUCAUUUAAUCAUUUUCUGUGAGGGAGCUUUUAGAGUCGUUAAACAGUUUAGACAUCUUGGUUCUUUCUCCACCACUGUGAACAAUUCUGAAUUGGCAAGCGUCUCUAGAACGAAGCAUUUAACACCAAACAGUUCUGAAUUGCUUUGUUUAUAUAGUAUCCAUUUAAUUAUGCAGAUAGUGUGAAAAAUCAGUGGAGUUCCCCUUUAAUAUCUUAAACUGCAGGCUUAUUAACCCACUAACAGUCUUAAAUAGGCAUGUCACUUUCAAUAUCAGGGGCUAGUUAUCUACUGAUUUAAAAAAAAGCCUAAGAAUAACAAUGGACUUAAACCUGCACUAUGUGAGAUCUGGGAAUUUGGAGACCUCUCUGGUGAAAAUGUGUAAUUGCAUGCAAUGUGCAGAAGAACAUUUUGUAGCACCCCAUCCCCAAGCAGAUGAAUCUGAUGAUUGUCAGCACUUUGAAAGGGUAUUCAAAGAGAACUCGGUCAGAACUGAGCAUCAGUAUGUCUGAUGAUGUUACUGAAUGACCUACUAUUGUCAUCAUAACCAUCGAGCCAGACUUUCUUUUUGAGCCUGUGCAUGUGACAUUAAUAUGUAAAGAUGUAUAAUAUGGUCCAAAAGAUCCUAUGAAAUGCAGCUCACGCAUACCAUAUUUACUUUAAAAUGUGCAUUGUGCAGAUUGUCAAUUCAUCUCACCAAGAAGGUAAAUUUUGGUUGAUGAUUUUUAAAAAGAGCCAACAUGUUUGAGUAUUAGUGACAGCCCUAACCCUGACACACAGUUUCAUUUCCUACUAAUAAUUAAACUGUCAUGAAACUAAUGCAUUACAUGUAGUUCUUAGAGUGAAGCAGUGAGUGUGGGCUCAAAAACAGGGACAUGCAGUUUAAUGGGUUUGAAUGGUUGUGUCAGAACAGGGAAAUGACAGACCUUGCGGUGCAGGACUGGGAAACACUUGGGGCCAGAUUUAUAAAGGAUUUCGUUCUUAAUUUGUUAUCAAAGGGGAAUUACACCAGAUUUCCAAAAUGUAAUAUAAAUUUCAUUUCAUACAUUUCAAUAUAAUGAAACAGUUUGAAUGUAAUUCGGAGUGGUUUGAUGUGAAAUGCUCUGCUCUAGAGAAACUUUCUGAGUCUAAAUUGUUCCGAGUGGUGGUGAUAGGAGCCAGACGUCUGAAGACUUUAACUACAUCAUAGACAGUUAUUAUAUGAAAUGGUAAUGAGCACACUGCCCCAAAGAAAUGAACGACUUUACAUAUGAAAAAAGAAGACAGGUAUAGGUUCACUGGUAGUUUUGGAUAAAUAAAAUGGCUGUAUCUGUGUUGUAGAGUGAGUCAGGAACUUUCUUUACGAUAAACCAUUUCACAUUAAACCACUCUGAGUGAUUUUGUUUACAACUUACCAAAUUAUUCAUUUAGAAUUUAAGAUAAAUCUUCAGCAUUUUUUGCAACGACUGAUUUAUGAGAACACAGUGCUCACAGGACACACACAGUAAUGCCUGACAGGAUGGAAUCUCACACUCAUUAAGUGCAUUUCCAUGUAUGUCAAAUUCAAAUAUUGCAUUUUAAGAUGAAUUCCGUGCUUAUGCAUGUUUUCUGAAUGAGGCCCUUGGUAUAUUGGAGUUUUCAAUUUAGUCUGGAACAGAGACUAAAUCCUACCACACUGAAUUUACUCUUACAUACAUCAUACACCCAAACCACUAACUGCCCAACAUUUAACUUGCUAAUCUAGACUGUAUUAAAAUGUUAUAUAAUGAAAAGAACAUCUAUACCAAAGAAAGGCUAUGUGAUAUUUUUGAACAAUGCUAUACAAUGAUAUGGCCAAAGAUGAAUAAAGUAUCACUUUUGUAUUUGAA